AGGUCAAUUAUGCUCGGCUGUGCACAGUCAUAUGCCAACUAAUUAUGGAGGACAAGAGUGAGCAUUUCCGCCAGACCUUUACAACUACAACUGUAAACGACGCUCCACGGCAUAUUACAGUCAGUGUACAUGACAUCCGUAAUAGUCAGUCGUAAACGGCUAGUGUAACGAAACGGCACCCGUAUACGCUCUUUGUAAGCCAACGAAAAACGACGUAUUCAUGAGCAGUUUACGGCACUUCCUUCUGCCAAUGGCUAAUGACACGAUACGCUGCAUUACAACAAUCGGAAACAAUGACUAUGAACAAUGGUUGUUGACGAGCAUGGUACCAACACAGGGACUGUAAACAAGCAUACCAUAAACCAUUGUAAUGUACCCUACACGCUAGAUGUUAUCCAAUAGCGUAUCCACCGAUUGUCAACAACCGUUUAGCUGAUAAUACAUAUAUCCCGAAACAACCUAACGAAACAGCCAUUCUUUUCGACUCAAGGGGGAAACAGCGGACUUCAAGACUUCAAGACUUCAAAAGACUUCAACAGACUUCACCCGCUGUGACUUCAUCUUUUUACAAGACUUCGAAAGACUUCUAAAGACUUCUGAAGACUUCAUAGGACUUCAAAUGACUUCGCAAGACUUCAUAAGACUUCGUAUGACUUCAUGGGACUUCAAAAAACUUUCAAAGACUUCGUUAGACUUCACAGACUUCGUGAGACUUCAGGGACUUCAUGAGACUUCACGGAUUCCAUGAGACUUCAGAGACUUUGUAGGACUUCUUGAGACUUUAUAAGACUUCAUCAGACUUCAUAAGACUUCACAAGACUUUAUAAAACUUCACAAGACUUCACAAGACUUCAUAGGACUUCAAGAAGCAGAUUCCAUGCGUAUCAAAAAAUCUUAUAGAAAUUACAUGAAACCUCUAUAACAUGCAAAAAAACAAAACUUAUCAAAUAGUAGGGGUGUCAUUUACCGUUUACUUUAUAAUAAAUAUAAAUUAUUUAUCAUUUAAUUUACGCGUAAAUUAAAUGGAAAGUAAAUAUAAAUUGACACCCUUAUUCAUAACAGAGUAACUAGUGUCUUUCGAGAACCACGAACAGGAAUGAUAUUGAAAAUUGAUUGCUUCCAAAAGUCUGUUUUGUGGAACUCACGUAUAUUUUCGAAGAAAAUAGUGAGUGUACGUUUUCAGUUCGAGGUUUGAUGGCUCUUUCUCCCCCCACCCCAUUAUAGACACUUAGCAACGGAGAAAGAGAACAAUACAGACAUACCCCCCCCCCCCCCCCCCAUUACAGCCCUUAGCAACGAGGAUUAAAUAAUGGUGAAAAUAUUAUUUUAGCUGCAUUUAAUCGUGCAAAAGAACUAGUUAGUAAUUUGAAUAUAUUACCUUCAUUAAAGAAAUGCAAUGCUUGUGAACUUAAUGGUUUAAGUAAAAAUAUAUUUGAUAGUAUUAGAUUCAACAUUAAUUCGGAUACUUAUUCGGCAACGGAUGCAGAUUCUUCAUCAGAUUCUGAAUCUGAUUAUGAUAAUGAAACAAUGGAAAGUAAUGAAUUUAAUAGUGAUCUAAUCAAUGUGGAUGAAGAAGAUAAAGAUGCGGCAACGACACAAAGUGUUGAUGAAAUUAAAACUGAGAAAAUAAAUUUUACUGGUAUGCGUAUAUUUGAUUCGAUCAAUCCAGCAAUGAAAAACUCCUAUUUUCAAGUGCAAAUAAAUAACAAGACUAAAUUUAUACACAAGCAAUCGGCUUGUUGGUUAUUAACUGACAAAGCUAGCCGUUUAUCGGCUGAUAGAUUAUCACGAGUGAUAGAAACAAACAAAAAGGAUUAA